UAAGCCUUUACCUUUUCAGAUUAUUCUGCUGCUGAUUGGAUGCUUAGUAUGUGUAUUUGGACAGUGUUUCGAAGAUGUGGAUUAUGUGCCGACGAAGCAUAGACUACUCUCUGGAAUGGAAGAUUUCUUUGAGGCCUCGAAUCGAUUUAGCAUCCGCAUGCUGCAUGCUUUAAACAACACAAGAGACACAUUUUUUAGCCCUUUCAGUGUUUGGUCAUCUUUAAUAUUAGUGUAUCUUGGUUCUAAAGGCUCCACCGAAAAGGAACUGGAAGGAAUUUUAGGAUUUCAUGGCAUGGACAAAAAUAUCGUAGCUCAUAGCUAUCAAUCGCUAAAACUGUGGUUUACAUCCAGAAUCAGAACAUCUUCAUCAUCAUCAUUUAGUAUGGAUAAUAAUUUAUUUUUUCAAAAAGACAUAACGAUUCGGACUUGUCUAUUGCAAUUCAUAGAUGAUGAUUUGGCUUAUGUUGAUUUCCAGCAAAAUCCAGAGUUGGCUCGUGUCGCCAUCAAUUUUCUAAUCCAAAAGCAAACUAUGGGUAAAAUUAAAGAGCUUCUUCCACCUUACAGCAUCAGAAGUUUUACAGAGUUCAUAGUGACAAGCACAAUGCAUUUCAAAGGACCUUGGAGAACACCUUUCUACCCUUUAGCAACACAGCCAAAGCCAUUCUUCAUUUCAAACAUAGGAUAUGUGAUGGUGGAUAUGAUGGUGACACGAGACACUUUCCUGUACGCAUCAAGUGACGAACUGCAAUGUACAGCCGUAGAACUACCCUAUGUUGGUAGAUCUUUGACAAUGGUGAUAAUGCUUCCAAAAAAUAAAGCUCAUGGCGUCCAAAUUCUGAGCAAUUCAAUGACUGCAGGAAGACUACAAGCUUUAACAGAUGAUAUGUUUCCUCAUGAAGUCGUCGUUGUCAUGCCAAAGUUUCAGCUGGAAGACAGUUUUCAGCUGUCAUCGACGCUUUCAAAACUGGGCUUUAGAGAUUUAGUGACGGGCACAGUUAAUCUUACAGGAUUUACUAAAAAUAGAACAUUGCAGGUGGAUGCUAUUUAUCAUAAAGCGCACGUGGCAGUCGACGAAUAUGGAACUGAAGCAACAGCGGGGACAGCUACGGCUGUUUCAAGAAGUACCAGACCAACAAGAAUUUUGGAUUUUAUUGUUAAUCGUCCAUUUGUAUUUUUUAUUCGAGAGAACAACUCUGGGAGCAUACUUUUUAUAGGAAUUGUUCGUAAUCCGAAGUAUUCUAGAGUAAAAAAUUAAUUUUUAGAAUCUUUAAUUACUUACAUAGACAGGCUGAGAAUAUUAGUAAAUUUAUAUUUUACAUAAAAUCAAUUAAAAAAUACACAUUUCUUAAAGGAAAUUGCGUUUAAGGCAAAUCAACGAUAGAAAGUAAAUUUUAAAGAACUGAAUUUUUUUCUGUUUUUGGAGAUAAAUUUUUAUGAAAAUUAAAAAACAGAUUUAUAUCGAAAAUAAUAUUAAUAAUCGCAUUUAAGGAUUCGACUUUACUGUUCUAAAUAAACUUCAUAUUUAUAACAUUGUGAUUAUACAGAUAAUUUUCACAGCAUUUUUCUGUAAUGGACAUAGGUGUUUGUUAGGCAAUGCAAAAUGGUUUGCAACAACUUUCUGUGAUGAUUAUAUUUCCCUUUCAUACAAACAGUUUACGUGAAAAUUCUGUUACGAUAAAAUAAUACCUUGAAACGGUUAAAAUUAUAACUUGAUGCAUAAAUAAGUUAACUACGCGCAUAAGGCUUUAUAAAUUAGAACAGCCUACACGAGGUCGACGAGUACAUGUCGGUUACCUUGGCAAAUUAGAAAUCUAUACGGAGAUAGUUCCCAAUGCGUCACUAAUUGUUUUUAGCUGCUAUUUGUAAACAAAUACCAGAUUUUACGCAACAUGUUUUUACGUAAUACUAGCAACUACAAUGCCAGCCUUCGUCUGGCUUUUAAAUGUACCGGAAAAUGCCUGAAGGGAACACCAAACGUUAAAUUUAAAAACUGCGCAGAAUUUUACUCUGCAGAACAACUUCAAAAAAAAAA